CACCUCCACAGCCCUUGUGACAGCCCACAAGCCCCUCUCCCGCAUCCCACCGGCGUGCGACCUGUCAUGCUGCUGCUGCCUCGCUUCCGUCGGCCUCGCUUCCCUGUCUUCACUCCACCUCCCUGCUCUCUGCGCGCUUCCCCCCUUCGCGAGGCACUGCUCGCCCGCCUUCACGCCGCGCGGCGCACGUGGCACCAUCCCCGUCGCUGCGUCCCCCCUUCUCCGAUGCCGCCUGCUGGUUAUCUUGCGCCCCUUAUGGCCGCGCGCCCUCCAUUCCCGCUCCCCGUAUCGCUGCAGUCCCCGCCUCGCUCCUCCGCUGCUCCCCCUAUCCUCCGCCACGCCCCCCCACGCGCAGCUCUCCGCAGUUUCUCUUCCGCCCUCCUCUGGCCUUCCCCCGCGGCAGGGCAUGCGGACUGCAGGCGGAAUCGAUUGCCGGAGAUUCAAUGCGCGCGGGCGGUGUUACGGGCACAGGCGGUGAGCGGAGGUGCGGGAGCAGCAGAGGAGGUUGCGGAGGGGCAGGGAGAGAGGGGAGGGGAGGAGGUGGGGCGCGGGGAGGCGAGGGGAGAUGCGCCGAAUGCGGCGGAAGCAGCAGAUGAGGGCGACGGCGUGGGCCAAGGCAUGGUUGGUGGCGGGGAUAGAGGCGGGGAGGCGGAGGUGGGGAGGAGUGACGGUGGCGGAAGGGGAGGCGGGAAGGGCGGGGCGCGGAGGAGGGGCAAGCGCGUGCGGCUGGACGAGCUGUGCGUGGCGCGAUGGGCGCAGUACAGCCGCAGCCAAGUGCGCUCGUGGAUCCUGCAAGGCAAGGUGCUGGUGGAGGGGCAUCCGGUCACAAAGGCAGGCGCGCAGGUGUCAGAGCACGCUGACGUCAUCAUCAAAGCCCAAGUGCCCAAAUACGUCUGCAGGGCGGGGUACAAGCUGGAGGGCGCGCUGCAGCAGCUGGCGGUGCAGGUGGCGGGCGGCGUGGCGCUGGACGCGGGGCUAUCGACAGGCGGCUUCACGGACUGCCUGCUGCAGCACGGGGCCACGCGCGUGUACGGCGUCGAUGUGGGGUACGGCCAGGUGAGUGAGCGCAUCAGAACAGACCCGAGGGUGGUGGUCAUGGAGCGAACCAACCUGCGCCACCUGUCGCCCUCUGAUUUGCCAGAGCAAGUCGACAUAGUUACUCUCGACCUCUCCUUCAUCUCCGUCCUCCUGGUGAUGCCAGCGGUGGUGGGGGUGAUGACCCCGGGUGCGCACCUCAUAGUGCUCGUCAAGCCGCAGUUCGAGGCCCGGCGUGGCCAGGUGGGGGGGGGCGGCAUCGUGCGCAGCGAGCAAGUCAGACAAGAGGUUCUUGAAAGGGUGACGCGCGGAAUUGAGGAAUUUGGGUUUGAGAUGAAGGGGGUGAUAACAUCACCAAUAACGGGCAUGGAUGGAAAUGUUGAGUUCCUUUCUCACUUUGUGCGUAGGCCAGUGGCUCCAGCUGAAGGGAUUGUUCAACAAAAAAACACUACUGAGUCUUUAUAAAACACAUAUCCAUCUACGGACCCAUAUACUCAUUAUAUAU